AACCCAUUUUCACAUUGAUGCCAACAAAUGAAUCAUCUUGGUUUCUACAGUACUCCUCCAGCUCUCAUUUUCUUGUCAUCAUCUUUACAUCAAUCAAUCUCUCUCUCUCUCUAUAUAUACACAUGUCAUGAAUGUAUCUCCCUGUAAAUCUACAACCUCUAUUGGUCUGAGUACAGAUAAGAGCAAGUAGAGAGAAAAAGUUCGUCUCUGUCUUGAUCUCUGUAUAGCAAGAAAUGAAAUCAAGAAUGACGUGGAUGAUUAGAAGAGACAUUCUCAUUAUAAGGGUGUUGAUAGUAGUUGUGAUGGCGUUUUCGGAGAUUCAAACAUGCUUCUCGCAGCAAAUCAACAGAGGAAGCUUCCCCAAGGGCUUUGUUUUUGGAACCGCCUCUUCAGCUUUCCAGUACGAAGGAGCGGUCAAAGAAGAUGGGAGGGGUGCCUCUGUCUGGGAUACAUUUUCACAUUCCUCUGGUAAAAUAGUGGAUUUUAGCAAUGCUGAUGUUGCUGUAGAUCAGUACCACCGAUAUAAUGAAGAUAUACAACUUAUGAAGGACAUGGGAAUGGAUGCUUAUAGGUUUUCUAUUUCUUGGUCUCGGAUAUACCCGAAUGGAACAGGGGAUCUAAAUCAGGCUGGGGUUGAUCAUUACAACAAUCUGAUCAAUGCUUUACUUGCCAAAGGAAUUGUACCAUAUGUGACCCUUUAUCAUUGGGACCUUCCUCAAGCCUUGGCUGACAGAUAUAAUGGAUGGCUCAGCCCUCAGAUCAUAAAGGACUUUGCAGUUUUUGGGGAAACUUGCUUUCAGAAAUUUGGUGACAGGGUGAAGCACUGGAUUACAUUCAAUGAACCCCAUACGUUUGCGAUACAAGGUUAUGAUGUGGGUCUUCAGGCACCGGGGCGUUGCUCAAUUCUUCUUCGGCUCUUUUGUCGGGCUGGAAACUCUGCAACUGAGCCUUACAUUGUUGCACAUAACACUCUCCUUUCUCAUGCUGCUGUUGCUGAUAUAUACAGAAGUAAAUACAAGCCAAAACAACAUGGAUCCGUUGGGAUAGCAUUUGAUGUUAUGUGGUAUGAACCAGCAUCAAACUCUACCGAUGACAUUGAAGCAACUCAAAGAGCCCAAGAUUUUCAGUUUGGCUGGUUUAUCGAGCCUUUGAUCUUCGGAGACUAUCCGAGCUCCAUGAGAAGUAGAGUAGGAAGCAGGUUGCCGAUGUUCUCCAAAACCGAAGCUGCUCUUCUUAAGGGUUCAUUGGAUUUUGUGGGCAUCAAUCACUAUACUACAUAUUACGCCCAAGAAAACUCAACUAAUAUCAUUAAUGUUUUGCUUAAUGACUCUCUGGCAGAUUCUGGCGCCAUUGCUCUUCCAUUCAAAGACGGGAAAGCUAUCGGAGAUCGGGCAAAUUCUAUAUGGUUGUAUAUAGUACCACACGGUAUAAGAAGCUUAAUGAAUUACAUUAAGCUAAAAUACGGGAACCCUCCGGUCAUCAUUACUGAAAAUGGUAUGGACGACGGAAACAGCCCGUUCACCUCUAUCAAAGAUGCUCUGAAGGAUGAAAAAAGGAUCAAAUACCACAACGACUAUCUAACAAACUUGCUUGCUGCAAUCAAAGAAGAUGGUUGCAAUAUUAAGGGGUAUUUUGCAUGGUCUUUGUUGGAUAAUUGGGAGUGGGCAGCUGGAUAUAGUUCAAGAUUUGGUCUCUAUUUUGUGGAUUACAAGGACAAACUCAAGAGAUACCCUAAGGACUCUGUACAGUGGUUCAAAAACUUUUUGGCUUCUGCUUAAUUUGUAAGAAGAAAGUACAAGGAACUGGAUCUCUACACGAUUACAUCUCCAAUAACACACUAGAUAUAAUUUAUUUUAGGUUGUUGAAUGUCAUUUUCUUUCUUGGGAGAUAUAUAGAUUUGUUUCCUUCACAAGAUAUGUUUUUAAAAUUGGUUAUUUGCCAAAGGCUUAUCAAAGAGGGAAGGACACAAGCAACGCUGUUAUGUAAA